AUGGCUAGAGUCUCGCGAGCUGACCGACCGCCGCCGCCCGCGUCCUUGUCGUUCCUCGUUUGCUCCCUCCGCACUCGCCGACGGAGCUGGAUCAUCCUCCUCGCCGGGCUCCUCGCGCUGGUCGUGUACGGCAGGAGUCGGGCUGGGGACGGUAUCGAGGGAGCACACGGGGCAAGCGAGCUCGAACGGCGGGGCGUACGGUUUGAUCGUGAGAGGGACGAGGACGAGGUGGGGGUCGACUUUCCGCCGCUGCCAGAGCUGCAGGAAAGGGACAGGCUGUGGCCACCGGAUCUCAGCAAACCUAUCUGCCGGCCCAAGAUCUACGUCUAUGACUUGCCUCCCUCGCUCCGACUCCCGCAAAAGACCGUCUCGCAAUGCCGCUGGUCGGCCUACAACUCGGAACUACUCCUACACCAACUACUCGCCCAGCCUGCUACAUCCGAGCACCCCUCCCCAAACCAUCCGCACCUCUCGCUCUACACGUCGAACCCGGACGAGGCCGACUUCUUUUUCGCCCCGCUCUUCCCGGCCUGUUACCUGUUCGACUGCUGGGUCAAGGUCGGCUGGACCAAGACGGAGCGGUGCAACGUCGACGAGGGUUACAUCCAGCCCGUCAUGCGGCACAUCCGCGAAACGAUGCCGUACUGGAACCGCUCUGCCGGCGCAGACCACCUCAUCCCGCACCCGAUGGACUACGUCGAUGGCUACUACACCGAGACGUCGCGAGCGGCGAUGAACGGUUCGUCGUACCUCGUCACGGUCGGCGACGUCCGUCCCGCGCCGUACGGCUCGCACUUCCGCUUCUACCGCGACAUCGUCAUCCCUUCCUCGACGCACCUCCUCAACUCGUACUACAUCAACCCACUUGAUUACGUUGACCAGGAUGGACACCCCCUCCGCGAGCCGCGAGGCGCUGCGGAUCCUCGCCGACAGACGCAGGCCGUCCCGACUGGCGUCGAGAUCUUCCAGCCUUCGCCGCAAGAGGCGGGAGCGUGGCGACGCAGGCCGUCCUUCCGAAACCUUGCGUCGAAGCUCGUUGGCGGCAGGGGCAUUGACCGAGACAGGCGAACGACGCUCGCCAUCUUUCGCGGCGGAGUCGGCACAGCAAACGACGGCGAGCGCUACGCUCUCGGCAUCCGUUCCCUCUUCUUCCCUUCAGACGGCAACGCUUCGACGCCGCCCUUCUCGUCCACGAUUCGUGCCGGCUUCUCGUCUCUCCCUGGCUUCGACAUCGCCGAGCAGUCUGAGAACGACGACUACGCCCGCCGCCUCGCUCGCUCCAAGUUCGGCCUCGCUCCUCCCGGCUACACGCUCGACACGACGCGCAUCUACGAGUACCUCGCAUACGGCGUCGUCCCCGUCUUCAUCGGCAGCGGACCCACGGCAGGCCAGGUCAUGCCGUUCGCCAACGACGUCGACUGGAGCAGCUUCUCGAUCUCGAUACCCCGCGACAGGGCGCACGAGACGCCUCGCAUCCUCGCGCAGGUCAGCGACGACGAGUACGAGCGGCUCAGGCGGAAGGUGUGGGAGGUCGGGCGGAUGGUAGUCCUCGAGGGUCGCGAAGGGAACGUCUGGAAGCUCAUCGCACGCCAGCUGUGCAGGAUGAAGCGGUUGGGCAUCGCAGCGGGCCCCGAGAUUGCCAACAACUGA